GCGACGUCUGACGUCAUAGACACGCGCCGGCAGCGACAGGACUCAAACGUGGAGAGUAAACGGUCCGUUUUGAUACUAAUAUUUUCCUCUUUUUUAGCACGACAUGGACGACGAGGAAGAGACAUACAGACUAUGGAAAAUCAGGAAAACUAUAAUGCAGCUGUGUCACGAUCGAGGUUAUUUGGUGACGCAGGACGAACUGGAUCAGACUCUCGAUGAGUUCAGAAGCCAGUUUGGAGACAAACCCAGCGAAGGUCGACCGCGGCGCACGGAUCUCACGGUCCUGGUCGCCCACAACGACGACCCGACCGACCAGAUGUUUGUGUUCUUCCCUGAGGAGCCCAAAGUUGGCAUCAAGACCAUAAAGAUGUAUUGUCAGCGCAUGCAAGAAGAAAACAUCACCAGGGCCAUCAUUGUGGUCCAGAUGGGCAUGACGCCCUCCGCUAAACAGUCUCUGGUAGACAUGGCGCCCAAGUACAUACUUGAGCAGUUUCUUCAGCAGGAGCUUCUUAUAAACAUUACCGAACACGAGCUUGUUCCAGAGCACAUAGUCAUGACUAAAGAGGAAGUGACCGAGUUGUUGGCUCGGUAGUAUCCUUUUGAGAAAUUGAUAGAAAUGUUUUUUUUUAGUAACAAUGGUACCACUACAAUUAAUUUUUUUCCCUUCAAGUUU